AUGUUUGUGUUGAAGCUUGACAACCUGAGUCUUUCGGCUGAUGGUGUGGAAAAUAGUCUGAGGUUGACUCAGUUGUCUACUCAGUCCUCAUAUUAUUUCGAAAAUGAUUUUCUUAAGGAGACUGAAAAGAAGUCUAUUAGUGAUGUGAAGCUUUGUGGUGAGGUUACAACGUGUAUCACAUAUGGGACUAUAAAAUCUAUUGAGAGAAAAUACAACUUGUGGUACAAGUCUUGCAAGAAAUGUCCAUUUUCUGUUUGUGAGGAUUUUGAGAAGCGGUACUGUAAGAACUGCCAAAAACAUUGGGAUGAUUAUUAUCCAAGAUUUAGUGUUCAGGUCAGAGUUGUGGAUAACACUGAUUUUGCAUCAUUUCUUCUGUUUGAUCGAGACUGUUUUACUUUGUUGGGAAUAAGCGUUGGUGAAUUGCGCGAGCGACAUUUCAAGAGGGGUGCAGAUUUGGAUCAAUUUCCAGAAGAAAUGAAUGUUCUAAAUGAGAAGUCAAUGUUGUUUAAGAUAAUUGUGAAGCAAAAGGAUUUGAACUCAUACAGUGAGCCAAAAUAUCAAGUUUCCAAAAUUUGUAUUAGCGAAGAAAUAAUCUCAACGUUCAUUAAGUCUCUGAUCGAUCCAACAUAA